AUGACGAACUUGAGGGAAGGGAGGCAUAGGGUUGGUGUUAUUGUAACGCAAAGGAUCCAUAAAGAAAACAGAUUCGCCGAUGCAGCUGGACUAUUUUGGAGAAUGUCGUCGUUCGACGGUUUUGUGAAUAGUGACGCGAAGUUCUUGGUAAUGUCUGGUGGUUUGGGUGGGAGAUUCAAAGAAUUCUUUGUGGAUGUGGUGGGAAUACAAGGAAAAUCAGGAGGCUUUGGUGGAAUUUGGUUCAAAAGAUGGGUUGAAUCCAUAAUAAAUGCACAGAUCUACCGAAAAAAAAAGCCAAAGCAAAGAGUAAAGGUAGUGAGAAGUGAGAGCUUCUCUCACUAG